AUGGAGGAGCAUCAUUUUGCAUGGAUACUCUGGUAUAUAUGGAAAGGACGGAAUAGCAAAGUUUUUAGUAAUUUGGACACGAAACCGAAGGAGACUCUUCGGCGAGCUAUGACUGAAUCUUUACUUUGGAUGGAAGCUCAGCAGGAAAUAGUUCAGCCUCAAAAUCAGGCUCUACACACGUCUGAUGGAGUAUUACCGACUAGAUCAGGACGAUGGUGUUUCACGGAUGGAUCAUGGAAAGCAGAGGAUAUUUUCUCUGGACAAGGAUGGUACAGUACUUUAGAGGGCUUUGAAGGUUUAUUGGGAGCUAGGAAUACGAGGGCUAGUCAAUCCCCGUUACAUGCAGAAGUCGAAACUCUUAUUUGGGCGAUGGAGUGCAUGAGGAAUUUAAGAGGAAUGGCCGGCAUUUGCGAGUUACUUGGAGGACAUCAAGAGUCUGAAGAGAAGUUUCAAUAG